GUCGCGGCCGACCGCCGCCUGCCGCCCGCCGCCGUCGCGGCCGCAGCCCCCGCGUCCGACGGCGGCGCCGCGUCAGCCUCGGCCGCGGCCGGCGAUCCCUCCACCUCCCUGGGCACGUCCCCCUCCGCCUCCGCGUCCGCCGCCGCCGCGUCGGCGGCCGCGUCCGGCGGCAGCUCCUCAGACGCCGCACGCGCCGCGCCCGCCGCGCCGCCGCCGCCGCGGUCCCCUGGCGCAGUCGGGCAGACCGGGGCCGGCGCGGAGAGGGGCGCGGGGCGGGAUCCGUGGCGGAGCGUUCAGUCCGCCAUUUCCUCGAUGCAGCGGCAGAUUCUGGACAGACGCCUGGCGCCACCCCCUCUGCAGCAGCAGCAGCAGCAGCGUGGCGGCGACGCCAGCAGCCCCCUCCCCGGCGCCAGCGCCGGCGCUGCUGCUGCGCGGCGUGGCCCCUUGCCAGUCGCAGGCGCUUACGCCUUUGACUUUGACCUCGGGAUCGCCGCGCUGCAGGCCCUGCCUGACGCCCAUCACCUCCCACCAGCAGGCGGCGCGACGCCCACCGAAAACGAGCACCAUCUUCAGCGCCUGCCCGGCCCCGGAGGCCCCCGCGCGGCCCCGGCGGCCCCGGGCGCGGCGCAGCUGGGGCCGCCCCAGGCGCUGCAGCUGCUGGACCUCAUUGGGCGGGGCACUUUCUCAUCUGUCUACAAGGCGGUGUGGCGGGGGCGCUACGUGGCGGUCAAG